AUGGCCGUAGCACGCGGAUACUUCGAGCUUACUCGACUCCACAAGCCAUUCAUGGGCAACACCCUGAUGUUCUGGCCCUGCGCGUGGGGCCUGACGAUGGCGGCACGCGCUGUCGCGCUCCCCUUCCCCAUCUUUGCGGCGAAACUAGCCGUUUUUGCGCUCGGCUCUUUCCUGCUGCACAGUGCUGCUUGUGUUCUCAAUGACAUCUGCGACAUCGAGUUUGAUCGGCAAGUAGAGCGCACUCGCGACAGACCACUACCAGCCGGCGUUGUGUCUGUCCGUGGUGCUACGAUUCUAUGUGUCUCACUGCUCGUCCCGGUUUUCGGUCUCCUUUCCUAUGGUGACAGCCUAAGCCUCCUACUCGGCCUCAUAGGCAUCUUCCCCUUGCAUGCGUUGUACCCGCUGAUGAAGCGCUGGACGUGGUGGCCCCAGGCCUGGCUCGGGCUCGCCUUCAACUGGGGCAUCCCACUCGCCUGGGUCUCGGUAACGGGCCACAUCCCGCCCCUCCCGAUUUGGGUGCUCUUCUUUGGCGGCGUCUGUUGGACGAUCGUCUACGACACCAUCUACGCGUGCCAAGACCGCGAAGACGACCGCAAGGUAGGCGUGAAGAGCACCGCGCUACUCUUCGGCGACCGCGUGCGCGAGAUCCUCUCGCUCAUGGUCGGUGCGCUCCUCGUGAGCCUCGUAUACGCGGGCUGGGCGACGCGCCAGGGCGCGGGCUACGCGCUGCUCUCGUGUGGCGGCACGCUCGCGCACUCCGUGUGGCAGCUCGCGACGUGGAACGAGGCGGACCUCAAGGACCACCGCGCGAAGUUCGAGUCGAAUGGGCUUGUGGGAUGCGUUAUCUGGCUCGGCAUCCUUUUCGACUACCUUAGCGUCUUGUAGACCGGGCCUCGGGCCGAGAUAAGUACAUACGCAAAACGCGCUCCGAUAUAUCUCCCGUCUAUAGUACUAGCGUCAUUACUUCAUCUUAAUAAUGGCUUACUCGCUUAUUACG